AUGGACGGCCUCAGCGGAUUUCUCCACCUUGUGUACCAUUCGCGCAAUUUGGCAGAAUACCUCUCGACCUGGGAAUCGGAACUCCCAAAUCCUUGCUUGUUCCUGACCUCUGAAGCCGAAGUCGAGUGA